AUUCGUUGUAACUAGAGGGAAAAUAUUUUUGUUCCGCUCGAAAAUAAAAAAAUAAAAAUCUAAAAUAAUUUACAUUUAUUUUGUCUAGCGUGAAAUAAAAACGAAAGUUUAGUGAAAUAGAACAUAAAGUUUUUAUGACUUAGAAGAAGCAUUUAAACAAAUUUUUACGAUUUAACGGAUUUCCCUAUUAAAUCUCGAACGUUGUUUCUCAGAAAAAACAAAUAAAAAUGCAAAGAAAUUAAGAAGUACGGAAAUAGAAGAAAAAACAAAUAUUUGCAUUUCUCAUAAGUGCUCAUGUGUAAUAAAAAUAGUUCUACAUUCUCCUGCCUGUAUGAAAAAUGUGAAUUGAAUUUGUCAAACAGUAUAAAAGCAAGCAAUUUAAAGAUUAUAUCCAACAGUGUGUCUCUCACCCACGUUAAUUAAUUAAAUGCUAAAUUGAUCGCAAAUCUUGACUAAUGAUUUUUACUAUAAGUGAUGACGAUCAUGAUGAUAAUCGUAGUAAAGUAAAACAACAACAAAAUAUAUAAAUAAUAGAAUUAUAAAAAAAGAGAAGUCAAAAAGGCAGGCAAAAAAGCAGUGUAGAAGUGAAUUGAAGGAGAAAUAAAUAUAUAUAUAUAUAUAAAUAUUGUAGGAAUACAAAUGAAACCAACGCAAGCAACAGCCAUGAAAAUGAAGUAUCUUAAUGGGCAAAAAGAAUCAUACACCCUCACAGCUCGCAAGAAACACAUGAAGAAGAAAAUGAUACGACAUCACUUGAGCAAUUGGUCGAUGGCAAAGGAGAACCAUGAUCCUAUGGAUACAACUGUGAAAUCAUGCAUUACUCAGCAGAAAUCAAAUCAAAAGCAACAAAAUGUAUCUCCUAGCAUAAAUAAUGCUACCGAUUUAUUUGAGCUGCUGGAGCGAUGUCAAUCACAAAGAUUAGAUGAUCAACGAUGCGUGUUACCGUCGUAUUUUUCACAGCCUAAACGCGAGUACGACAAUUUCAAUAGCUAUAAAUCACAUCAGAAUGCAAAAAUUCAACAUCAAGUAUCGAAUAGCUCAGCAUCAUCUCGACAUUCGAUCAAUACAUCAAUUUGUUCACCUCCAGCUUCACCGAACCACUCACAAUACCAAAGUACAAGUACCAAAUUGCUAUUGGAACAGAUUUUAAGUACGACAAGAAACCCUGAAAAAUUACCAAUGAUUGUUAAGCCACAGCAUGGAGGUUAUUGGAUAGAUUGUGGACAAAUUGAUGAUGAGGACGAAAUUGAUGCGAAUGGAAGCAGAUUUAAUGAUAAUAAUAAUAAUAAUGGAACUAAAAUUAAUGAUAAUGACGAUAAUGAUGGUUCACAGAAUCAGUUCGAGAUAAAAAUUGAGGCAAAUGAUUCGGCACGAUGCUACAGACUGCACUUUUACGGUCGUGAGCAUUCGAAUUUAAUUGGAUUUGAUGAGAAUCAUGGACCUGCGUUGAUGUCAAUAAAGCCUGAAUUGAUUGCAAAUCAAUCACAUUUGAGGAUUCUGUUAAGGUUGAAAAGUGGAACAAUGCACGAAAUCAUUCCAACGUCUUGCUUGGACGAUAAUGCAACGCCAGUGAAAAUUAGUCGGCUAUUAAAUGAACAGCUUCAAAUUGAUACAUUUUUACCCAUCAUUUGUCCAUUAGCGUCUAAUUUAAUUGCUGCUUAUGAUGAGCAUCAAUUGGUUGUAAAUUUUAAAUUUGGAGUUUUGUAUCAGAAAUUUGGACAGACAAUUGAAGAAGAACUUUUUGGCAAUAAUGAGACGACGGCUGAAUUUGAUGAAUUUUUAAGUUUGAUGGGUGAGAAAAUCAAGUUAAAGGACCAUAAAGGAUAUCGAGGUGGUCUUGACAUUCAAAAUGGACAUACGGGAGAUGUUGCAAUCUAUGAUGUAUUUCAAGAUCGAGAGAUCAUUUUUCACGUGUCAACCCUACUUCCUUAUACAAAUGGUGAUCCACAGCAAUUACAGAGGAAACGACAUAUCGGAAAUGAUAUCGUCGCUAUUGUCUUUCAAGAGAGAAAUACACCAUUUUCACCAGACAUGAUUGCAUCUCAUUUUCUACAUGCAUUCAUUGUCAUUCAACCAUUUACCGAUAAAACUUAUAAAAUAUCUGUUGCUGCACGAAGUGGAGUUCCAUUUUUCGGACCACCUUUACCAAGAAAUGGAAUCAUCAGCAAAAAUAAUCUCAAAGAAUUUCUGCUAACGAAGCUUAUUAAUGCUGAAAAUGCUUGCUAUAAAGCAGAAAAGUUUGCAAAACUCGAAUUCCGUACGAGGUCAUCACUUCUUGAGAGUCUUGUUGAUGAUUUAAGAGAUAAAACGAAAAACUUCUUAGGUGCUGAUGCAUCAGUUCAACUGGAAUCGCCAGCAAAAGAUCCGACAGUUAAAUACGAAUAUUCGAGCACAACACGCUUUAUAGAUUCCGUUAAAAAAGCAUUUGCAUCAAAAUCAAAAUCUCAAAGUCAACAGUCAGAUGGAUCAACAACGUGCACGAGGAAAAAUCAGAAUACUGGAACUAGCGAGGGUGCACAAAGUAUUGGAGUGAAAACUCAUUUAUCAUCAAAGUUUAGCAAUUUCUCAUCCUCAAACUCAUCAAUGGCAACUCUCGAAAAGAAAUCUCCAGUUACAUCAACAAAAUUACUCCAUCAACAAUCACUUCCAACGCCAAAACAUCACCAUCCACUUCAACAGCAAUUAUCGGCUCCCGCACAAAAUAAAAUGGCAUCAAGUGUAGCAGCAGAAUCAAUGCAAGUGUCUGUUGAACAGCAAAGCGAUAAGUCAAGUCUUAAUAGUAUUGAACUUGAGGUACUGAAUGACUGUGAUUGUGAUAGAGGCUUUGGAUCAAUGUCAUCCGGUGACCAAGCACAAAUUCGCCGACAAAAUUCCGAGAAAUCUUAUCAAGACAUACAUCAUCAGCAUCGGAGAGAAGUUGAUGAACUAAGAGAAGAGAUUACGAAACUUAAAUGUGACAAAUUGGAUCUGUUGAGACAGAAUGUGACAUGUCAACGUGAUAUUAAACGUUUGAGAGAACGUGAACUUGUGCUGCAGAAUGAUGUUGGUACAGCACGUAAUGAAGUUCUUAAAAUGCGCGAUCUUCUCAAAGAGCUUACCUCCUCGCCAACUAUCAGUGAUUUGUAAACCCAAUAAUAUAAAAACUCACCUUAAUAAUCAUGAAUUUCCUUUUGAAAAACAAGAUAUAAUAUUAUUAUUAUUAUUAUUACUAUUAUUAAAUGUUAAGUGUUGAAUGGUGCAAAUUUAUAUAGAAAGUAUAAAAAAGAAAUAAUUACUUAUUGAUAACAAAGAUAAAGCCAAAUGAAAAUUAAUAUAUGAUUGUUUAUGAUCUAUAUGAAGAUGAAAUACUUAAUAAAUGUUGAUCCAUUUAAUUAAAAUUACUAAUUACAGCUUGUUUUUCUUCAUUUAUUGCAGUUCUUUCAGGCAGAGCUGCGAAACAGGCACCUGUGACAGGUGAGAACCCUACAAUUCCUUGAUAAUUUAUAAGGUUUUUCUAACAGAACCAUACAAAUUAUCAAGGAAUUGAAAGGUUCUCACCUGUCACAGGUGACCUGUUUCGCAACUCUGCUUU